GACUACAAAUCCCUAAAAUGUGUACAGGUGGGGUGUUUUGACCAGAUUUUGCGUUGACAUAGCUACGCACUACCUUUUCCACUUCCUAAAAAAGCGAACAACAAGGCUCUCUGUCCUCGGUAGGGUGGUGUAUUUAUUUGGAGUAAAAAUAGCAAGAACGACCCGAAAUUAACUGCCGCACUGUGGGACAAGAUAGUUAUCUUCCCAUGUCAACUACUGCCAGCUUUAAACUUUAAAUCAAAACGCCUCGGUUUUUACAUAUUAACGGGAAUUCUUAAAAACCUUUUCAAACUGUAUUAAAUUAACAAUAGAACUGCUUAUUUUCUCAAAACAAACUAGGCUAACCGUUGUAGAAGGGACAUGUUUAGGCCUAGCUAGAAUCCAUACAAAUUGAGGUAUGUGAAAUGAAAUAAGCAAUUGAAAAAAUCAAAUGAUUUUUCUACACAUCUAUAUAACAACGAAUAAAUGGAAGGUAACUUUAGACUUUAGCAACUAUUUAUAAGAUAAGGGCAAACUAUUGAUCGUUCGCUAAAGCAAAGACGGAAACAGGAACAAGGAACUAUUUCGUGUCACGUUCAUACUCUUUGGCAGACGUUCAUUGGACCAAUCAGUGUAGAGGGGGGGCGUGGUCUGCGGCAAACGAUCAGGCAUCGAGCUGCGGUUCUGGAGGAGAGCAGCAGAGAGACACAUCCAUCCAUCAAACCAAACACCAUUUAUCGCUGUCUGUGGUCCGUGCUGCGAUGUUGAUCUUGGACGUUUUCUCCCCGCUCCUCCUCCUCCUCCUCUUCCUGUUGCCGCGCUACAGUUGCCGGGCGGCGGACAUUCCGGAGGACACGACAGCAGAGUUCUCGGUCAGACUGUACCACCGGCUGCAGGCGGCGGGGGACCAGGACAACAUCGUCUUCUCCCCCCUCAGCGUGGCUCUGGCCCUGGGCAUGGUGGAGCUGGGGGCCCGGGGGGCCUCGCUGGAGGAGAUCCGCCAGGCGGUGGGCUUCAGCCAUCUGCUGCCAGGCGUGGAGUUCUCUUUGCUGCAGAACCUGACGGCGGCGCUGUCUGAAGACAACGCCCACUACGUGAUCCGGUUCGCCAACAGCCUCCUCCUGCAGGAAGGCAUCACCUUCAACCCCGAGUUCCUGCAUCUGAUGAAGAAGUACUUCCAGGCUGACGUGGAGACCGUGGACUUCAGCGAAUCAGCCGCCGUGGCCGAUCAAAUCAACACCUGGGUGGAGAAUCACACCGAGAGUAAGAUCCAUGAUCUUUUCUCAGCCGAGGACUUCAGCAGCGUGACCCGCCUGACGCUGGUGAACGCCGUCUACUUCAGGGGCUCCUGGAAAAACCAGUUCAGGCCAGAAAACACCAGGACCUUCUCCUUCAGCCGAGACGACGGCUCCGAGGUCCAGACGCUCAUGAUGUACCAGCAGGGAGACUUCUACUACGGUGAGUUCAGCGACGGCUCACAGGAGGCUGGCGGUGUGUACCAGGUGCUGGAGAUGCCGUACGAGGGCGAGGACAUGUCCAUGUUGAUCGUUCUGCCGCGGCAGGAAGUGCCUCUGGCCUCGCUGGAGCCCAUCUUCAAAGCAGCGCUGCUGGAGGAGUGGGCCAACAACGUCAAGCGGCAGAAGGUGGAGGUCUACAUGCCCAGGUUCAAAGUGGAGCAGAAGAUCGACCUGAGGAGCACGCUGCAGGAUCUGGGAAUAAAAAACAUCUUCACCAACGAUGCUGAUCUCUCCGCCAUGACAGAUGGUAAGGACCUGCACAUUGGGAAGGCGGUGCAGAAGGCGUACCUGGAGGUGACGGAGGAGGGAGCAGAAGGAGCCGUUGGAUCAGGAAUGAUCGCCCUCACCCGGACUCUGGUGCUGUACCCGCAGGUCAUGGCCGAUCACCCGUUCUUCUUCGUCAUUAGAAACCGGAGGACAGGGACCAUCCUCUUCAUGGGCAGGGUCAUGACCCCCGAGGUCGUCGACCCCAACGACCAGGACUUUGACUCCAUGUAAAACAGAUCUCAGAUCCUGACGUCAUAAACGCUACCUAUCCUCUAUCGCCAUCUUCAGCUGUGUUUUAUACUCCUUUAAAAAAAAUAUAACACGAUAUAUUAUAUAUUGAAAUAUGACAUAUGACAUAUAAACGUGACUGUGUUUUGAUACUGGAAGCUUUAAAACUCUUGUAUACAGACAAGCAGAAAAAAUGAAGAUGUACAUAUUCUCUGGUAACACAACGGUUUGUA